AUGGCGCCCAUAGACCCCGUUGACGACCUCCCAGACGCAGAAGCCGAUUACCACGAGUCGUCUGACGAAGACUUCAAUCCCGCCGUCGUUGCCGCCGAUGAUCCUUCGAGCUCCUCCGCCGAAGAAGAGGCGCCUACAAAGCCAGCCAAAGGACGAGCGAAGCGCAAAGCGGCUGCUGACGGGCAGCUGGACUCUGGGGACGAAGUGACGAUAGAGACAGCACGGAAGCGCAAAGCUAAAAAGCGCAAGCGGGCAAACACAGACGACGAAGACGAUCUACUCCUAUCCGACGAUGGUGGAGACGGAGGCUUGGUAAAGACACGGGCUCAGAGGAGAGUCGAGCAGAAGGAGCGCAAACCUCUCGCGAGGACAGACGGAGCGACCGUCGACGUCGAUGCCUUAUGGACGCAAAUGCUUGCUACGCCGCUGAAGCCUGUGCCCACGCCCGUAGCGCAGGACGCAGAUGCGGUGGAAAUUGAACAUGGUGCCGUCCAGGCGCUUGCGCCUCAGGCUGUUGAAGAAGAGGAAUCCGUGACAGUGAAGAAGGUCUACACAUUCGCCGGCCAGCGCACAGAGGAAGAGAAGCAGGUGCCGUGUUCCGCCCUGGAAAAUUUCCUAUCAGACGGUUGGAAGGCAGCAGACCCCGCAGUAAGGAAGCAGACUAUCCGCGACCAAGAGUCUGAAGUCAAGGAAGAAAGGCCCAAGGUUCGGCGCCCGCUCCGUCGGCCCUCCCGCUUCGAUGCGAAUCCCACCGGCUACGUACGCGCUUUACCUCCUGAACGACAACAAUCGUGGCCCCGGAAGGCUACGGCUACUGCGUCUGCACAUCAGAGGAUUGUCCCGCCUGCAGAAGCACCAAAGGCUGCGCGACCCGAGAAGGCACAAAAACUCAACGUGGUGGACAAGUCGCGCCUGGACUGGACUGGCUUCGUCGACAAGGAGGGCAUCGCAGAGGAAUUGGAUACGCAUGGCAAGACAAAAGAAGCGUAUCUGGGACGUAUGGAGUUUUUGGCUGGAGUGGAAGCACGGAGGGAGGAGGAGAGGAAAAAGAUGAAGACUGCCGCUAUUGGUUCUUCUUGA